UUGAACCUGUAAACGUUAUUCUCUUGCCCAGCACUGGUGCGUAGCUUAACCCCUCUGCGUACCCAUCGCGUACCCAAGUCCAUCUCAUUCGAACAAUCGAACCUCCAAAAUUCAUCCCAAUUAAAACUUUCUUCUCUAUCUCUUUCUCUCUACAAUUCAAAACCCUAGGGAGCUUCUCUAAGAUCCAUCAAUGGCGGACGAGGCAUCGCAUCCGCCAUCUUCGUCAUCGGCGGCGCCUUUGGGUACCUCCGUCAUCCCUAUAGUUAACAAGCUUCAGGAUAUCUUCGCUCAGCUGGGGAGCCAAUCAAGCAUCCAGCUCCCUCAGGUCGCCGUCGUCGGAAGCCAAAGUAGCGGAAAGUCGAGCGUUCUCGAGGCUCUUGUUGGCCGGGACUUUCUGCCCAGGGGUUCUGAAAUAUGUACGCGCCGACCUCUCGUGCUUCAGCUUCUCCAGAUCAAGAAAAAUGCUGAUGGAACCGAUGAUGAGUAUGGGGAGUUCCUCCACUUGCCCGGGAAGCGUUUUCACGAUUUCUCCGAAAUUCGGAGGGAAAUUCAGGCUGAGACAGAUAGGGAAGCAGGAGGGAACAAAGGUGUAUCAGACAAACAGAUUCGCUUGAAGAUAUUUUCGCCAAAUGUUCUUGAUAUCACACUAGUGGAUCUGCCUGGUAUAACAAAGGUUCCUGUUGGUGACCAGCCGACUGACAUUGAAGCACGAAUCAGAACAAUGAUUAUGUCUUAUAUCAAAAUUGAUACCUGUUUAAUUUUGGCUGUUACACCUGCAAAUUCUGAUUUGGCAAAUUCAGAUGCUCUUCAGGUUGCUGGAAUUGCUGACCCUGAUGGUUUGAGAACCAUAGGAGUAAUCACGAAGUUGGACAUUAUGGACAGAGGUACUGAUGCCCGGAAUCUGUUGCUUGGAAAAGUAAUUCCCCUGAAACUUGGUUAUGUAGGGGUUGUGAAUCGUAGUCAGGAGGAUAUUUUGCUUGACAGGAGCAUUAAGGAUGCACUUGUAGCUGAAGAAAAGUUUUUCCGCAGCCGUCCUGUAUAUAAUGGUCUAGCUGAUCGUUGUGGUGUCCCUCAAUUGGCAAAGAAGUUGAACCAGAUUCUAGUGCAACAUAUUAAGAAAGUACUCCCUGAACUCAAGUCACGCAUCAGCUCUGCGCUGGUUGCUGUUGCCAAAGAGCAUGCCAGUUAUGGAGAAAUCACAGAAUCAAAAGCUGGUCAAGGAGCUCUUCUCCUGAACAUUCUUACGAAGUAUUCUGAAGCAUUUUCUUCAAUGGUGGAAGGGAAAAAUGAGGAAAUGUCAACAUCUGAGCUGUCAGGUGGAGCAAGAAUUCAUUAUAUAUUUCAGUCAAUAUUUGUUAAAAGUUUAGAGGAGGUGGAUCCAUGUGAGGACUUGACUGAUGAUGACAUUCGAACUGCCAUUCAGAAUGCAACUGGCCCUAAAUCUGCAUUGUUUGUACCAGAAGUGCCUUUUGAAGUACUUAUUAGAAGGCAAAUUGCUCGUUUGUUAGAUCCAAGUCUUCAGUGUGCCAGGUUCAUAUAUGAUGAGUUGAUGAAGAUUAGUCAUCGUUGCUUAGUAAAUGAAUUGCAACGAUUCCCUAUUUUGAGAAAGCAGAUGGAUGAAGUUAUAAACAACUUCUUGCGAGAAGGCCUUGAGCCUUCAGAGACAAUGAUUGGACACAUAAUUGAGAUGGAGAUGGAUUACAUAAAUACUUCACAUCCAAACUUUAUUGGUGGGAGUAAAGCUGUCGAGGUUGCCUUACUUCAGGUCAAGUCCUCUCGGGUAACACUGCCUAUUGGUAGGCUGAAGGAUGGUGUGGAACCUGAUAAGGCACCGACAUCUGAAAGAAGUCUGAAAUCUCGAGGAAUUCUUGCUAGACAAGCAAAUGGGAUAGUGUCUGAUCAGGGUGUUCGACCAGCACCUGAUAGUGAAAAAGUUGCAGCCGCCGGAAACGCUAGCAGUUCAACUUGGGGUAUUUCAUCUAUUUUUGGUGGAGGUGAAAGCCGUACACCUGUUAAAGAGAGCAUGACAAACAAAACAUUCAACGAGCCUAUUCACAACAUGGAGCAAGCCUUAUCAAUGAUCCACCUAAGAGAGCCCCCAACUGUCUUGAGGCCUUCAGAAACCCAUUCAGAGCAGGAGACUAUUGAAAUUGCAGUCACCAAACUACUGUUGAGAUCGUACUAUGACAUCGUUAGGAAGAAUAUUGAAGACUUUGUACCUAAAGCAAUCAUGCAUUUCCUGGUAAACCAUACGAAGCGUGAGCUGCACAAUGUCUUCAUUAGGAAGCUUUACAGAGAGAAUCUGUUUGAAGAGAUGUUGCGAGAACCUGAUGAAAUAGCAUCAAAGAGAAAGCGCACCAGGGAGACACUCCGGGCUCUUCAACUGGCAUUUCGGACGCUGGAUGAGUUGCCUUUGGAAGCAGAAACAGUUGAGAAGGGUUACAGCUUGGGAGGUGGUGAUACAACAGGGUUGCCAAGGAGUGGACUACCUACAUCAUCAAUGUAUACUACUACCGGCAGUUCUAAUGAUUCUUAUACAGCAUCUCCUAAAAACACAAAGUCCAGAAAAUCAUCACACUCUGGGGAGCUUCACGCACCCUUUUAGUUGCAGAUUCUAAUGGUGGUGAAGGAUGCUCUUCUCCCCAUGCCAGCUUAGAAGGCGAUUGAGAUGCCGCCAUUCCCAGUGUUUUUGUUGGGGUAUUCAAAUUUUCUUCCGACUAGAUUUGUGUGAUGCAGAUAUUUGGGUUGUUUGUCCUUCGAUUCUUUCCUUUUGUUCCUCCAUAUAAUACAGGCUGAUAUAUUUUUUCUACUAGGCUCCAAGAAGAAUAACGGGAGCAGAUAGUCUCCCUCCCCCAGUUUUCUUUACCUCUUCCAAUUUUGUCAUCUUAAAACAAUGUCUUUCAGAUAAAUAUUUAUUUGGGAAAUUUUUUUCUGGUGCCGCCUCGAUUGUCGAGGGCGAUCCAUGGUGGUGUUUGUGUUUUGCCAUAGUGCAGGCGGCAAAGUAUUCCAGUGUAACUUGAUUGAUUGAUUAUAUUUAGCAUCGAAAGUGUUAUCUUAAAAAAUACACCUUGUAUCAUAGGCAACAUUUUAUGGUUGUAGAGCAAUGAUGAUUGCAAUUGUAGUAACUUUAUUGAUUAUAUUCUCAAAGGUUCCUUCUUUCCCAAUUCAA